AUGUCUCUACUCACCAAUUAUGAGGGGCUUCGGCAUCAGAUAGAGAGGCUGGUGCGGGAAAAUGAGGAACUAAAGAAGCUAGUGCGGCUCAUUCGGGAGAAUCACGAGCUCAAGUCUGCAAUCAAGAAUCAGGCGGGUGGCCUUGGCAUCAGCGGGUUUACCAACGGGCUUGGCGAGGUGGCAGCAGGCCUUCCUUCACACCAGAGCAACUGUGUCUUCCUGCCCCCAUCCCCAGCAGCAGCAAACGAACCAGUCCUGGAAGAAAUGGGGAUUGUGGCCUUGGCACCUUUGGCCGAAAUGCUGAGCAGCCCACAGCCCGGCCCCACGGCAGGCUCCCUCAUGAACCCCCUGGUGGGCCCACUCAACACCCUGCUGUCCGGCCCAGUGCCCGUGCCACAGAGCAGCCCCCUCACCAGCCUUCUGGCCAGCCCCUUGGCCAUGCCCCCUGGGGGCACCCUGGCCAGCUCCCUGGGCCUGCCCUCGACUGGGCCCCUGAGCAGCCCCCUGACCGGCCCUCUGGCCAACUCCCUGGGCCUGCCCUCAACUGGGCCCCUGAUUCCCAGCAGUCCCCUGGCAGGCCCAGUGGCCGUCUCUCUGAGCAGCCCCCUGCUCAGCUCCACAGCUGCCCCUCUAGGUGUCUCACAGAACCUUAUGGCUAACCCCAUGAACAACCUGGUGCUGUCGGAGGCCCCAAGGGUGCGGCUGGCAGAGACACUCCGUGGGUGCCCCUCGGGGCCCCAGGUAGCCUGCAUGGUGCCUACUGCCAACUCCAAAGCCCCACUCUCCGCUGAGAACCCCCGGCCAGCCCAGGACCCAGAGCACCUCAGCAUGACGUUUGUGGGCACGCCCCUGCAGACCUCCACCCCAGUGGGCAACCUGGGUGCACCUGGCCCCUCAACAGCCUUCUCCUAUGGCACUGCAGAUGCCCGGGUCCAUUCCAGCUGCCCGCAGGGACAAAUGGUCCCUGCCUCUGUCCCCACCACCACCACCUCCCCCACUGUCACCGUGCUCGCCUCAGCCCCAAACCUCACCUCCCAAGCUGCCACCAGCUGCACCCCCUUGAGCACACCCCACAUGGCCCGAACACAGCACUCCCCCACCCGGACCCCGGCCACCCACCACUCUCCUCCACACAACCCCUGCUCCCCGCCUCGCACCUCAUCCUCCCCAGCUUCGGUCAGCGACACCCGGAGUCCACGCACCACAGAAUCAUCUCGGAAAAGUGUCAUGGAGUUGGAUCGGAAGCUGACCCACCGCAAGAUCAGCAAGUUCCCCGAAAGAGCCCGAGAGUCGAAGCAGCUGGCCUGGGAGAGGCUGGUGGGGGAGAUCGCCUUCCAGCUGGACCGCAGGAUCCUGUCCAGCAUCUUCCCAGAGCGCGUGCGCCUCUAUGGCUUCACUGUCUCCAACAUUCCGGAGAAGAUCAUCCAGGCCUCCCUGAACCCUAGUGACCACAAGCUGGAUGAGGACCUAUGCCAGACGCUCACGCAGCGCUAUGUGAGCAUCAUGAACAGGUUGCAGAGCCUGGGCUACAACGGCCGGGUGCACCCCGCACUGACCGAGCAGUUGGUGAAUGCUUACGGCAUCCUGCGAGAGCGGCCUGAGCUGGCAGCAUCUGAGGGUGGCUCCUACACUGUGGAUUUCCUGCAGCGUGUGCUGGUGGAGACUGUGCACCCCAGCAUGCUCACUGAUGCACUGCUGCUGCUCUCCUGCCUCAACCAGCUGGCACAUGACGACGGCAAGCCCAUGUUCAUCUGGUGA